UAAACUGGAGUCUGAUAACUUUAUACUGGGUCAAUUUAAAAAUAUAAAGCUGUAAAAUAUUGCACUCUGUCUUCAUGGAUUUAUACAUGGGAUGAUAUGACAUUCCACUAUCACAUCACUGUGUUUUAACAAAGAAUCUAGAGCUAAAUUGGUAACAUAUUGCUUUAUUGUGAAAUGGAAAGGCAGCUAUUAAUUUCUUCUACUGCUAAAAUCAAACGUUUUAAAUGAUGACAUUACAAUAAUGUUACCAAACAUUUGUUUUCUAGAUUUUGAAACAUAAAAACAGAGAAUAAACAGCUGACAAACUUAUAAAUGUGUUCAUGAAUAUCAACUUUUUGUACGAUCAGUAAUACAUUUUUAUUGCUACGCAUGUUAAAUCUGCCAUUCGUGAUAUGAAUUAUUUCAUAUUCAUUCAGCAACAGGUGAUCUAGAUGCAGUGCUGUAUAUGUUACACUAAUCUCCAUUAUGCUGGAGAAAACUGUAUAACCUUGCAUUAUUAAUAAUAAUAAUAAAACAACUAGAUGUUAAAUAGACUUAUGCCGCAUGGUUCGCUUCUGCCUCGGGCCGGCCCUGCUUCUCAUUUUGUUUGCGCAUCUGUUCACCGGACGUCUGGUUUUCUGAAAAAGGGCAUCACCUUGUGACGUCACCAGCACAAAUCACCUACAUGGCUGAGUCACACACGGGCACACACACGUACAAGUGUGUGUCCGUGUGUGUGUGUGUGUGUGUGUGUGUGUGUGUGUGUGUGUGUAGCUGCGGUUUGAGCGCGUAUGUGCAGAGGAGGAGGAGGAGGGGGGAGCGCAGUGGGGCGCGCUGAGCGGCAGACAGAGCAUCAGUACAGCGCAGCAGAGCGCCGCGGUCACACCGGGGAAGGACGCACCGAUCUCCGAGGAGAGGGGGAAAUCGGCUUUUGUUUUGUUUGCAGGACAGCGUCACACACACACACACACACACACCUGAUAGGCGAAGAUAUAUAUAUUUAAAAAAAGGCAAACAACAACAAAAGGGAGGUUGCGCAAAAGUAGUCUGCAACAUUCAGGAUUUCAGCCGAUUUCUGCAAGUCGUGGCAUCUUGUUUGGAAACUAGUCAAACAAUGCACUCUGUCGGAGACGGCUGAUGCCCGAAGAUGAGACUCGGAGGAAGUUUUUGGCGACGUCCCGCUGUUUUGUGGUCCUCAGGUGGGACAAAGUCUGGUAGGUCUCUCCGGUCACCUUCUGCUAUAAUGCCUUGUGGCGGCGCGCCGGCGUGCGUGUGACUGACUGACUGACCGACAGUCUGUCCAAGAGAGAAAGAGAGGCUGGAUAGAAACAUCAGGCAGGCUGUCAGGCAGCGACGGCUGGACUCCCAGCGCAGGCUUCUCUCCUCUCUCCCCGCUCCCCAGACUCAUGCAGGAUGCCCGGGAAGCGCCGCCGGGGAGCGCUGGUCCAGCUCAGCCCGAGUUCAUGACGCCCUGGGCGGCCUCGUCAUGCGUUUCUUGCCCGUGCCCAGCGCCCAUUCCCUCCGGCUUCUCUUCCUCUUUAUCUUCGUGAUGGGGGUGGCCCCGUCUCCGGCGCUCACAGCCGGCUGCCCCGACGGAUGCGUGUGCGACGACCAGCUGGUGGUCCAGUGCGCCGGACAGGAUCUCACGCUGUUCCCCAACGACCUGCCCCUGGCGACCCGGCAGCUCAUCCUCUCCAACAACCGCAUCGCGGACCUGCCGGCCCUUCAGCUCAACUACCUGUCCGAUCUGGUCUAUCUCGAUUGUAGCAACAACUCGCUGACAGAAAUCUCCGAGUCCACUUUCGGGAACUUGCGGAAACUCGCCUACUUGGACUUGUCUUUCAACACGCUGCUGCAGAUCGAGGACCGGACUUUCGGGCCCCUUUCUUCCCUGGUGAUGCUCCGGAUGACGGACAAUCCGAGUCUGGGGGAGAUCCACCCGGACGCCUUUUCGGAGAACUUUGCUCUGCAGGUCCUGGACGUGAGUCGGAACAACCUGACGGUCUUGAACAUCAGCAGUCUGAUCGCACUACCGGCUCUGCGCUCUCUGGGCCUCAGCGGGAACCCGUGGAGGUGCGACUGUGACACCGAGGACCUCUGCCUGUGGGUGCAGAUAGAGGGAUUCAAGUUCCAAGAUGAAGGCCAGACGAUUUGCUACAACCCUCCGGAGCUGGCGGGCCAGCGGUUGGCGGAGGUCGGCAUGCAGCUGCGGGCGGACUGCCACCAGGGCCUGGGCUACUGGGACUACCUCUUCUUCAUCGUCAUCGGCUUCGUCAUCUUCUCGGCCGGCACUGUGUCGGCCUGGGUGAUGGGCGUGCUCAUGGUGCUGUACGAGCGCUACAGCAAGCGGAAGAGCGAGGAGCUGGACAGCGAGGACGAGGACGAGAGGGGGCCGACGAACGGGAGCGGCGGAGGAGGGAACCAGGGGAACGGGGACCUGAGCAAACCCAACAUGCAGGUGUGACGGGCCGCUGCGGGGAGGCGUCCGGAAACGUUGCGUGAAGGGAAGACGGACAAGAAAACGGAGGAGGGACGAACCUCCGCCGUGAAACUGAGAUCUGCUUGUCUCUUCAUGUUGCAGAUUUAGAUAUCGCAAAUGCUCUUUAACGUAACGAAAAGCGUGUGUUUAAGCGUGUGUGUGCGUGUGUGUGUGUGUGUGUGUGUGUGUGUGUGAGAGAGAGAGAAACAAUCAGAGACAGCAAUAAGGAUGCCUUUGAGCUAUGAGAACAGAUUGACCUCUGAGUUUAUUGAGAGCAAUAACCCUGCACAUACAACCACAAGUUCCUCCAUACGAUGUAAAGUGCUCUUUACCAACACCUUGUGUGAGUGGCACAUUCAAGCACACACGUACACUUCAUUCACAAAAUAAAGGUAAAAUGGGGGGAGGUUCACAAAAAAAGAAGAAAAAAAAGACCGAUGCCUUAAAUCUGCCACAGUGGAAACAGGGAAACUUGUGUAUAUCAGUGUUUAAACGGUAUCUUCACUUGAAAUAGUCAAUGUUAGCCGUUUCUGUGGUCAGGACGAAAACUGUCCACAUAGAGCAAAAACUCAUUUUGGUGGUUACAUAAUUAAAUAGAUAGAAAACACAGUAGGCUGAUUGUACGUAAAACAAGUGACUCACAACUCACUGAAACACAAACAACACGCGUUGACUUUUGGACCUGCUGUCCAAAAGUCAACGCAUUCUGCUCUUUACUUGAGGCUGCUGAGAUCGAAGCGCCAUUGGAAAGUCUCCGUGGGGAUCUUCGAAAUAUUUCAAACUGUAAAUCUUUCAUGGGAAAUCACCAGGAUGAACUGGAAAUGGGGGUUCAUUUAAGGAAACCACAUCGUAUACGGGCAUGAAUAUAUAUUUUUUUGUAACUAAAUUCCAUUUCCCAUGAAAUGUUUCUAAGUUUGAUAAUCGAUGGAGUUUUGAGUCGAUAUUUCUCAUGUCAAACAGGCACUUUGUUCAGUUUUUUUUUUGUGUUCUUUUACAAGUACUAUUGGAGAUUAUCUGCUUAAUUGGUUCUGUAACCUUUUUGACUGACAGCUGGUUAGAGGCAAAAAACCCCAACAAAACAACAACAAGCAACUGAUGCAGUCUUCACACACGAGGGAUAUUAGCAGAAUUAACUGUGUGACAUUUUUUUGAAUGUAAAAACAUCUUGGACUCUAAAAAGCUUUGCCGGUUUCUAACAAAGCAGCUUGACACCACUUAAAAACUUCGCUUUGGGCUGAUCUUCCAAUGUGCUUGAGCUUCGUAGAGUGAAGCUUCAGUGCUCUUCACAGCUAGGCGUGAUUACAGGCUCCCGCUUGUUGCCGAGUUUCGAGAAAUGUAGGCUUAAGGCGUCACAAAUUGUACGUGACUUGAACAUGUCACCUUGUUUGAGCUGAACAUUAUAAAAAUCUUAAUCUGGCUCCUGCGGGACUUGCUAAUGCAGCAGAAUUACGACAGAUGCAAGAGCAACACCCCGGCAAGUUUUGAGUGUUAGUCUGAAUGGUUUAGAGUAAACAGGACAGCGUUGGUUGCAGCAGCAGUAACACUACACCGUUUUCAUUUAACAAUAACAGAACGCUGGUUUCUUCUCACAAGAUUUUCUUUUGCAAUGAAAGAUUUUGUCUAAAAUGUCCAACAAUCCCACAUUUGUAGACUUUGGUCCCUCACCUCAUCUCUAGAGAUUGUGCAAGUUGUUCAAGUCAGAGCUGCCAACAUCUCAGCUGUCAGUAGGAAUGGUAAUAAAAUCUCCUUAAUUGGAAGGAGAUGUCGGAGUCAGGCAGAGUCAGAAACAGGAGAAAACUCUGAAUUGUGAGAGUUGGCAACACUGCAGGAAGCCGUGUCUCCGGUGCUUCAAGGGUUUCAUUUGGCUGUUUUGUGGCAGGCUUAUAUGGUGCAUUCGAUUUGUACUCAGAUGCUGGAAUCUUAUAACUCCAAAUUAGCACUCCAAGAACAUGUUCAAUAAAUAGGCCGUGCAUAUAAAUCUAAUUGAAAGUUACAUUAAUAUAGUAGAUAUCAGCGUUCCCUUGUCAGGGACCAAAGGCAGCCGCAAAUAGUUCAGCUCCAGGAAUAGUUGAGACCCCCUCUGGAAACGCUUGGCUAUUUUCACAGUUCAACACUAAAUAUAUCUCAUUAUGCAUUAAUGUGUACAGGGGAAACCGUUUUAGCACUACCACAGAAGCUAACAUCUACAGCAGUCUUCCUUAUUUCAGCUUUCUGGAGUACAGCCAAUCAGCAACAGGGAAAGUAAAUGCAGCCCCCCUCCAUUGGCUGCUUUGCAAACGGCAGCCAAUAGCAUGUCAAGUAGCACUGCACCAGGUUCCCAAACUGCAAUUUCCUUUCAAAUGUUUAAGAUGUGCACCACAAAAAAAAAAAAGAAAAAACCAAGUUUCUGUGAAUAACUUUGAGUUUGAUGAUUCCUUAUUGACUUAAAUCCAUAUAACAAUAUAUGAGACUGUAAUAAGUACACAAUAUUCCAGUCCAGGAUUGUCCAGUCCACAUUUGCGUUAUUCUGCAUAUCUGCUUCUAAACCAACCCUAAAUAUUGAAGAUUUUAAACUAUGGGCGAUCAGAUGCAGCCCAGACUUGUCGGCACAACUUUUUAAAAGUCUGUUAGCUCUGAUAGAAAAACGUGAAGCAGAUUAAUAUUAAAAAUAUUUCUGAACUGCUUAAAAACCUUUUGUAUCUUGUCUCUGUCAAAUAUUCUAUUUUCUAGUGAGUACCCAAACUGCUCCUGAGUAAAUAUUUUACAUUUAGAUGUAGGGUUCUACAGUGUUUCUCUUCAGUUCUUCUUCUGAUGAGUGUUAGCAUAAAAAAGCAAGUCUCAAACACAGAUUCUUGUUGCUAAGCUGAAAUUGUCCAUUUCAUUGCUAUUAUCAGUAGAUCUGCUACUACAUCCCUGCUUUAAUGUUUACGUUUCAGAAUGUGCUCCUGCUACAUUUUGCUGCAGACAGUUCUUAGCACAGCAACAGCUAGCAAACCUGUCUUUGUUUUCCUACUGCUCGGCUCUGGGGUCAAGUCCAGAACCAUUACUGAUGCACAGCUCCUCGUUCCUGGACAUAUUUUCUGGUUUGGUGUCAAUUUACUGCUCAAGCUUUGUCCCCUGUAAAGGCAGACAAAGUCUUCUUUUGGGGGCACAAAGUAAUCCGGUAGCGUUUGUAUUGGCUUUUCUUUAGGUUUCGCUGUGAAGCUAAAAAUUCACCACAGUGCAGCAACCAUAUCUAAGACGCUGGAGUUAUAGAAGUGGGACAGAUUCAUGGUGGCUGCACAUGAAGAUGGUAAUAAGACGGAUUUAAUCAGUCAAGCACUUAAUGAGGACUUUAUGUGAUGUGACUGGUCUUCUCUCCUGGUUAACCUCAUGUUACACUGAACAUACAAGGCUGAGAAAACGAAUUUAAUUCCUUUUAGUUUUUCUUUCAGUUUUUUUUUCUCAUAAGCUUCAGACACAUUUUAUUGUUAAAGAAAGUGACUUUCUUUUUGGAAACAAAGGUGUUCAUAGUUGGCAUUUGUGCUUAGUUUUACUUCCUUAUUGUUGAAUCAGGGUUUUUUGCAGGUUUCACCAUCUGUCUUGAACUUUUUGAGACCAUUAUGAAUGAAAUUUAAAACCCUCAACUCCACAGAAAAGUCCUAACUUCAUCCAGCCAACGGGCGAUAAAUUUGCACUUACCCACGAGAAAUGCAAAAAAAGCUAGUUAGCCGUGAAUUAGCUGCUAACUAGCUUGUGGCAGCAUCAACUGUCUUGAGUGACAGGCAAUGAAAGAUGUCAAAACAUAGAACAUACAAAAUUACGACAAAAUUUAAGACCUGUGACUAACAUAUUAAAGGCAAACGUAUUGCUUAAAACUGAAUUUAAGACAUUUAAGGCCUUAAUUUUAGAUACAUAAAUUUAAGACUUUUGUGGAUGUACGGACAUCCGGUGAAUCAUCUCAUCUUAACUGAGUCUAGUGAGACCUGCAGCAAUGCUGGGCGUUCUGCUUGCUUCUUGUGUGACCUCUCUGGGUUGUCUGUGUGCUCUUGAAGUAAUUUUGAUAGGCCAGGGAAGAUUCACCACUGUUUUAUGUUUGGUUCUCAUUUUGGCUCUGCGUUGUUCAGGACCCUUUAAAACGGCUUUCUAAUGUCCUUCCCAGUAAGAUUAAUGUCCGCCACGUUACCAUCAUCAAGAUCAAGGUAUGAUAUUUUGCUUUUUGACAUCUCUCAGCCUACUUCAUGUUGUCAGACAGGUUCUACAUAAGUGAAUGUAUUGGUUCUACAGAUUUGACCAUAAUUAAGCCUGGGUGUUGUUUGUAAGCAUUAUCUUAAUUGAUCAAAGAAUGGGUCACCAACUCAUAGGAAUGUGCUUGUUUUUUUUUUACCGUCAUAAUUUUUGUCCUUGUGGAUCUGGAAUGCGUAAGUGUGACAAAGAAAAAGCAAAAACAGAAAAAAAAAAUGUAGCAAAAUACGUGUAAGCAACAACAUUCAAGGUCACCGCGGAGCACCGAAAGUGGAGUGUUUGUUGGCGCGCGCGCAACUGGGCCUGUUUAAUUGGGUCAGCGCGAUCACAAAGCAGCAUGGGUGACUGAUGUACGGACGGAAGACGAUCAAAAGCCCCUUCUCUUCCACUCCGCGUCGCCUCCAGCCCGUCCGUCACGGGUAGGAGUUCGGAGAUGAUAAACGGCAAACUUCCCGAUGGAGAUGGGCGGGGAGAAGAGUGUCAGAAGUGUGGAUUCUUUCCGCACGACACGCUGAGCCGUUUGAGAGAUUGAUAGGCUACAUUAUUGUCCUUUGCUGAGAACGUAAACGCUUAAAGGAUAAAUCUCAAGAGAGCUCGAUGCGUGUGUCACCGAGUAUCUGUGAACACACGCAGGUGUGUAUUUAUGGCUUCUGGCGGCAUCUUUUGAUGCUGAUGCACAUGAGUGGCUUCAGAUUUAUUUACAACGGUGGGUUAACUAAUCAUCAGGGUAACACACCUUAUCCGACACAAAGUCAAGCACAGGAAUCAGCUCACUGUCUGUUAUACACACACACACAUGCGCACACGCACACAGGCCAGCAGUCACACACAUACACACACACACACACACAUACACACACACACACACACAUACACACACACACACACACACACACAUCCAACACAUGCAAAAUGAAACUCAAGGGCAUAGCUAAAGUCAGAGCCGCGGGCCCGAGAACAUUAACACUCCUGUUUUGGUCUCUCUUGCCAUGCAUCACUUCAUCCUCUUAUCCUCCCCUCCAUCUUCAAUCUGACGCCAUCAUCAGCUUUAACACACACACACACACGCACACACUGAGACACACCUGGACUCAUAAUUUACCCCGGCUAAAUCUUUACUCUGUCGUUAUCAGAUCGUUUUUGUCAAAGGGAGGCUUAAAGCGCCGUCCGUCCGUCUUAUAUUACCUCGCAAUCAUUUGGCGCAGAAGGGCACGACCUCUCAGCCGCAACAUGCCGGUAUUUAUCAGAGGACAACAAUACUUCCUGUCUGGAGAGCGUAACUAUUUUCAGUUUGAUGCCGGCGACGGCUGUGCAGCGGACGGAGAGCGGCUGUUGCGUGCUGUAGGUCAGAAAGUGCGGCGGUGUGGCAGUGGAAGCGAUUUGUAACUGGUGCUAACAUGUCGCCGCACCGAACAGAGGACAGAGUAAAAAUAUUGCGGACGUUAAAAGACGAGGGUUUGUUCUUGUGGACGUGUAGAAAGUAUGAAAAUGAAAAAAGUAUGAAACGAUCCUCUGAGAAACAUCUGUGGUAGAUAAGCGAUUUAUAGAGAAACUCGUGGUUAAAAAGGUCUAGUUGAAGCGAGGUUCUCGGUAACAGGCAUUUUCCCUCCAAAGCAGUUCUUUACUGGUUGGUUUACUUUUACAAUCAGUCAAUCAGGUUUAUUUGCACAGCGACAAGGCAGUUAAAAGGUGCUUUACAUCAUGAAAAUAU